GUAACGGAAGUUUGCAGUUGAGAAGGUCGUUUCACUCACUUUGGAAACCACGCUAUGUCAUUAUUUCAGGUACCGAUACGUCAGACAACCACGACAGUUGGGACGACUCUUGUGGCCGGUAUUACUCAACCACAUGGCCUGGCCCCAUUGGACCUUCUCAGCAGAUACCCCCUUCAGUCAUUGUUGUUGCAACGGUUCUCGCCGGGCACAAUUAGUUUAGAUCGCUACUUCACUCCGGUAUGGCUACCGUUCGCGCUGAUUGGCUGCACUGUUUGUGCCGUCGUUUAUGGAAUCGCCUACUGGAGACGUUCAGGAACACGACGAAUUGCAGCCAACAUUUCAUUGUUUGACACCACCACGACGCAGACAGUUUACUUAACAGUGUUAUGUGCUAUGCAUCUCAUCCGAGCGGUGUUUGUUACAUUGAUCGACUUGGAUGUUGCAUGGGAUACCGGACUGUUGGCUUGGACUCAGCUGGCCUGUCCAUUGGUCCGAACCUUCGCAACAGCCACCAAGAUCGCAGUUUCUGUGCUUUCUCUGACUUUGUGCGCGGAAAUUCUUGCCUCCGACUACGACAGAUCCUCCGGUCGUUUUAUAACAUUUAUCCACCAGCUCACGGCCAACGGAAGAGCCCGGAAAGCAGCUCAUAUUGCUUCGGGCAUAGUGGUCGCGAGCUUCCUGUACGGACUGGUUGAAACGGUUUACUGGCGCGUCCAGUACUAUCCAUCUGCCUUCAUUCACGGAUCGCAGCGAUCACAUGGUGGUGACACUGCGCCUAUUGCACGAUGCGAGAUCGCUGGGUAUUUUCAAUACCUUUUUGGCAACAAAGUGCAAGCGGCGGAUUUCACGCGAGUUUCGGACUUCAGUGAGACCCUCAAUGCAAAUGCACGGUUGGCCUCCAGUUAUGCGGAAUUUAAGUGGGUCAGUGGCAUCACCGUGGAAUGUGCUCUCUCCCUGGUCAAUAUCUAUCUUGCCCUUGCUCUUCUCCGCAACGCGAUGAUGAAUACCCUCGUGAACACGAACAGAUCAGCGACCAACAGGCAGAUGCUUGACCGCACUACAAUUGGGACACGUGACAUCAAGUUCAUCGUUAUUAUUGGCCUUAUCCAGGGGCUAUGCCGACUACCGGAGGCUUUGCUGCUCAUGCUAGAACCACUUACUCGCCCAGGUGAAGUGAGACUGACGGAUGCCGAGAUCGAAAUGGAUGACACAUGGAAGCGGUACUUUAUGAUGGUAACUGCCCAUGUGGUGGUACAUGAACUGUCCGACCUACCCGCUGCUCUUAUUCUACCAAUCUGUUUGGGUGCCAGCCGAAGAUUUCAAAGAGACUUUUGUCAACUAUUUGGCUUCGGGAACCGAGUUGCACAGCCUUACAAUAUGCAGGAAGACCACAAAUACCGAUCAACGUAUGCCGGUACUGUCCGUUCUCCCUACAAUGCUGCUAAGCACCACCACUCUACAGGAACUAUGGGCGAGACAGAUUCGCUGAUGACGGCGAACUCAUCCCAACGUUACGUCCCCAUGGAUACCGUGAACGGUGGAGUGCAUUCAGAACAGCCACGGGCUGAUGAUGGUACAACCAUGACACAGACGGCAAACGUACCGCGAUGGAAGUGGAGUCAGGGAUGGGUGGCACGGGAAUCUCGAAGCAACCAGUCAGAUCCAAUGCUGAAUCCAUUGAAUUUACAUGCCAGUCAGUCACAUCUCUGGAUACCCCAGCGGUAUUUGAACAAGCGUCAGUAUACCACUAUCCCAGCUGACCAGUUUCAAUGGUAUCCGAAGCGAACCUAUCAUGAUGGUCGAUCAUUUCAUCCUAUACAACCCGAGGCCUUACAUCGAAGAGCAGCAUCUGCAAAUGACUUGGUUUAUGAACCCACGAAUGCCGGCAACAUUCAACAGCGGAUUCCCGUACAUGGCAGUUGUGAAGCCGAAUGGUUUGAACCUCGGUCGUAUGUAUAGUGUUCAGGAAGAUGGAUUUUUCUCUGUGUUAGACUGUAAUUGGCUACGACUAACCCCAGGGAGAUGAAACGUAACUGGGAUAACUGUACGCUCCAAAGUUACUCCUUCACUUAUUUCCGAUACAAUGUCCAUCGACGUCUGGCUAUCCGAUACCUGAUUUGUUCUCUUGCUAUUGUUCCUUAACAAACCCCGAACCUUUUGUAGUGAUUGCGGAACCAUCAUAUCAUUGUUGUCUAUCAUUUUGUAGUUCGGUUCUCUGGAACGUGAGAAUGUUUGCACC